AUGACGAUAAUAAAAGAUGGCAUUGUCAUUAGGGAAGGGGGCGCCCCCACUCCCACCGCCGCCACCAAUGCUGUCAACAUUCGGGCCGCCCCAAUCAAUGAGACGCUCGGAGAGGUAAACCAAGAGCAACAACAAGGCGUCAAAAGAGAGGCGGUCCAAUACAUGCCGACAACAAAUAUCACUCGCAUCAUGCGGUGCGUCCUCCCCGCCCACGUUAAUAUCGCCGACGAUGCAAAAGAGGCCAUCCAGGUGUGUGUCUCCGAGUUCAUCAACUUUGUUACUGCUGAGGCAAACAACCGAUGCCGCCGUGACUAUCGAAAAACCGUCACGCCGGAGGACGUGCUGGCGGCAAUGACGUCGCUGGGUUUUGGCGACUACAUAGAGCCCCUCGUCAUUUUCCUCAACAAACAUCGAGCCCAGCAGGACCUCGAGAGCGGCUCCAUGAAUCAGUUGGGGCUGUUCGUCAGGCGCGACGACGAUAAUGGUGGCUUCGUUCACCAUCAGCAGCCGCAAGAUGCUCAUAUGGUGCAGUCGCCGCCACCACCGGCGGCGCCGACGAUGGGGUAUUAUGUCCCCUUACCGCCGCUUGCUGCUGGCACAGUGGAAGACGGAGAAGAAUUAGGUGGAUCGACGACAGUCAACAAUGCAUAUAUGUCGUGCAAUUAUGGUCGUGGAGAAGGCUCCUCCGGCGGACCCGAGUUUGAUCCAUUUCAUAAGUUUUAA